AUGGGCAACAAGUUGAGCUGCUCUUGCGCACCGCUCGUCCGCAAAGGCUACCGCUACGAGGAUACCCCAUGGCAGAACACGCGCCGCAGGGACGGACACCUGCUCAGACUCUGGGCCGAGGUGUUCCACGUGAGUGGCCAGGGCGGCGCCGUCAAGUGGCAGCAGGUGUCCGAGGACCUGGUGCCCGUGAACAUCACCUGCGUGCAGGACACGCCCGACUGCGUCUUCCACAUCACCGCCUACAACUCGCAGGUCGACAAGAUACUCGACGUCAGGCUCGUGCAACCAGGCACACGGUUGGGCCAGGCGUCCGAAUGCUUCGUCUACUGGAAGGACUCUCACACCGGAGACACGUGGGGCCUCAACUUCACUUCUCCUCUAGACGCCAAGCAGUUCAGAGAAUGCUGCUCCCCGGCUUUCAAGUUUUCCCGCAAGGCAUCCUCCUCUUAUUCGCUCAAGCUAGAACCCCCAAAGCAGAAGAGCAAGAGCAGCAAGCGCAAGCCCCAGUCGACGCCCAGCUCCCCGUCCCGGGGCCGCGCCGAGCUCCAGUGCACCUGCAUGACUGCCGAGAACCUGCACCGGGCCCGCAACGGCCGCGUGCGUUACACCGGGGGCGCGGCCACGCUGCCCAGGGCCCAGCAGCAGGCCGUGUCCUCCUCGUCGGCGAGGCCGGACGCCCACGGCGGCGGGAGGGGCGCGUCGGCCACCGCGUCCCGGGCCCAGGCCGGGCGCACGAAGACCUCCCAGGCGUCGACGGCCGCCACCGGCGGGUCGAGCACGACCACCACGGCGGCCAGCGUGCACGGGGGGACCUCGGCAGCCGCGAGGGGGCAAACACAGGGAUCGACGCAUCAUCGCAGAGCAGCCGCCGCGGGACCGUCUCGCGGCGGCGGCCCGGGCGGCGGUGGCGGCGACUCCGCGCGUGCCCACUACGCGUCGUCGUCGCGCAAGGAGCAGGCCAAGAGCGUGGACUACAGCCCGUCCAGCCCGCAGCUGCAGGCCUCCAGCCGGUCCAAGAGCUCGGACAACGUGUUCGAGGAGGCGUCCGGCCAGGGGGACCUGGCCGCCCUCAGCCUCGACUCGAACACGCUGAAACGCAUGCUGGACCCGCUCCCCCCGUCCUCUUCCUCUUCGCCCGACCAGCAGCCGCCAGCGGCCACGCUACCUUCGGCGCACCGGCGAAGCCUGGCGUCGGCGCUGACGGCGUCCCGAGACCGCCAGCACCGGUCCGAGUCGGGAAGGAGGCGGAGUCUGGAGCGGAGCGUCGGUCUGGACCUGGCGGACGGCUCGCCGCCGUCGGACCACUUCCUCUACGAUAACCUGUGCUACGCGACCACGCCGCCCAGCUCGAGCAACGAGAGCAGCUCGGAUGAGGGCGGCCACGGCGUGGCGUCGUCGGCGGACCAGCGCGGCAGGCAGCCGCACGAAGAGUCGCCGACCAGCAAGCUGCUCAUGGAGUACGAGACGCACCUGAGGAACGCGCUGGCGCGGGGCUUGGACGCCGAGAGCUAUAGUCUGCACACCUUCGAGGCACUGCUCACGCAGAGCAUGGAGAACGUCGUGGCCCUGAUGCGAGAAGUCCACGUGGAGUUGGAGGCCAUCCGAAAGGAGGAACAUGCGCUUAAGACACAACCGAGUUUACAUGGCUUCCGGGGACUGCUCGAACAGCGCCUGGCGCAAUCCGGCAAGGCGGGUGGACUAGCAGCGAUGGCGGCGGCGGCGUCUUCGUCUUCGCUGUCUCGGCGCUCCACGCUGCUAUCCCAGGCGGCGUCUUCGCUGAGCGUGGAAAGCAACCACGCCCUGUUCGCGCAGGCAUCCGUCGAGAGCACCGACUCACGCAUCUACCUCACCUCCUCAGAGAUGUCGGACGACGAGCGGCUGUCCCUGACGACGGCCGUGAGCGACGAGGACGAGACGGGCGAGCCCCGGUCCGGAUCCCGCGCCGCGGGUUCGGGCGCCGGGGCCGCCGCGGCUGCCUCCUUCAACUGCACGGGGGCUGUACGCAAGGCGGGCUUCCUGAGCGUCAAGAAAUGGCUGCUCAGGAGAAGACAUCAGGUGGAGCUUGCCCGCAAGCGCGGCUGGAAGGGCUACUGGGUGUGCCUGAAAGGCACGACGCUGCUGUUCUACCCGUGCGACAGCCGCGACGGCCGGGCCAUCGACUCGACGCCCAAGCACCUUAUCAUCGUGGACGGCGCCGUCAUGCAGCCCGUGCCGGAGCACCCCAAGCGGGACUACGUCUUCUGUCUCAGCACCGCCUUCGGGGACGCCUACCUCUUCCAGGCGCCCUGUCAAGUGGAGCUGGAGAACUGGAUCAACAGCAUCCACUCCGCUUGCGCGGCAGCCUUUGCGAGGCAUCGAGGGCGCACGGGAACCUUGCACCUGCUCCAGGAAGAGAUCUUUCGACUCGAGAAAGAGAUUGAGUCGGACGCGAAGCUGAAGCACAUGGCCGAGCUCCAGCUGACGGUGGUGGUGGACGCGGAGUCCCGGCAGACGCUGUCUGACCAGAUCGGCCAAUGGGAGGAGAACCUGGAGCGGUUGCACUGCGAACAGUUCCGCCUGCGUUGCUACAUGGCUUCGCUGCAAGUGUCCGAGCUGCCCAACCCAAAGAACCUGCUGACGCACGUAUCGAAGGCGACCAAGGCGACCCUGAACAAGCUGGGCGUGUUCACGGUGUCCUCGUUCCAUGCAUACAUCUGUGCCCGGAGCCCGUCCCUCCUGACCAACCUACUCUCGGGACGGGGCGCCACCAAGCGGAGGUCCCGCGCCGCCCUCUCGAGGUCCAACAGUGCAAAGCUUCUGAGCAUGCCGUCGUCAUCGAUGCAAAGCAGCUUAGACCUCCCCGCCUUAGGAGAGAAGAGUGUGAAGAUUAACUUGCCAGAUAAUCAAGCGGUGAUCGUGGGAGUCCGAGACAACAUGAGCGUCGAAGAAGUGCUCUGGGUGGCCUGCAGCCGAAGGCAGUUGUCGCCCAACGACCAUUUCCUGCGCUUCCGCAGGAGGAAGGACUCGGACGAAUGCUACGUCGCGGCGCGCACUGAGAUCUUCGACAACUUGAGCUUCGAGAGCCUAGAGGUGUGUGCCAAAGUGUUGUAUCAAGUGGGGCUGUCGAGGAGUUCCCUGGACCAGCUGUUUGGCUUCAGCGUCGAAGCUGAGCUGGUCGAGAACACGGACCACCAGGACGAACUCUGCGUCUAUGUCAGCAGGGUAGAAGAAGGCAGCCUUGCUCACCAGCAGGGUCUGAUGAAAGGGGACGAGAUCAUGGUGAUCAACGGCGCCAUCGUGAGUGACCUGGACAUGAUGUACAUCGAGUGCGUGCUCCAGGAGGAGCUGUCGCUGUGCAUGAUGAUGCGCUCGUCAAGAACCGAGCCCCCGGACCUGGCGAGCGCUAUGCGCACCACGGACGACUACAUCGAGUCGCUCGUGUGCCCGCCGCCACCCAGCGACAGCGUACUCAGCGACGAGAUGAUUGGAAAGCUCAUCGUGCCCUCACCCAUAUGGGGUUCGCAAGAACGGUCUCCGGACACGUCGGGUCGCCCGACGCCCUCGCCCGUGCCGCCACAGGACCAGGCCAGCCUCUCCUGCGAACAGAUCGAAAGCUUGCUCAAGGUCAUCGAGGACUCCUGCAAAAAGACCGCGGAGCAGGUGACAGAGUACUGCCGCGUGCCCGCGGAGCGGCGGCGCUCCAGCCUCGCCGGAGGACUGCCUACGGCGGCGGCGGCUGCAGCGGCCGCGGCGGCCGCGGCCGCCGCUGCCUCUCAGCAGCAGCACCCGACGUCGCACCACCAGCAGUUGCAGUCUCAGCUGUCCCAGGGCAGCAGCAGCGGCAUCCCCUGCGGGCCGAGUCCCGCCGCGGUGGCGGCUGCGGCUGCAGCCGCGGCGGCCGCGGCCGUGGGGCAGGCGGCCGCCGCGAGCAAGCACAUGUCUGACGUGGAGAGGCUCCGCAAGGUCAUUUUGGAGCUCGUGGAAACGGAGAGGACUUACGUCAAGCACAUGAGCGAGCUGGUUGAAUGGUAUGUGGCUGCGUUGCAAAAGAGGAAACCCCCUAGUACUAACGAAGUGAGCAAGCACCUGAACAACCUCCUGGAGCACUACUUGGAGCCGAUGAAGAAGGAGACGCUGCUCUCGAACGCCGAAAUCAGCGCCCUCUUUGGGAACAUCCAGGAGAUCGUGCAGUUUCAGAGGCAGUUCCUCCAGAGCCUCGAAGAAGCCAUCGCCGCCGAGCCCGACUUCCAUCGGCUGGAGCACCCGAGCCAGUUUAGGAACGUGUUGUUUUCCCUCGGAAACUCCUUCCUCUACUACGCCGACCAGUUCAAGUUGUACAGUUCCUUCUGUGCUAGUCAUUCCAAAGCUCAAAAAGUCUUGCAUCCCAGCGAAGGCAAUACAGCCCUGUCCGACUUCCUGCAGACGAGGAACCCGAAGGGGCAGCACAGCUUCUCCCUGGAGUCGUACCUCAUCAAGCCCAUCCAGCGGAUCCUCAAGUACCCGCUCCUCCUGCAGCAGCUCAAGCACCUCACGGACCCCGUCACGGAGGAGCAUCACCACCUCACAGAAGCUCUUAAAGGCAUGGAGAGGGUUGCAGAACACAUAAACGAAAUGCAGAGGAUCCACGAGGAAUACGGAGCCAUCUUUGACCACUUGUACCGGCAGCACGUCAAAUCUUCAAAGCAGCACGUCGACCUGAGCCCCGGAGAGCUGUUGUACUACGGUGGCGUGGAAUGGCUUAACAUCUCCGAAUUCUUGGGGAAGAUCAAGAAGGGACUGGAGCUGCAUGCCAUGUGCUUCGUGUUCAAGACGGCCGUGGUCUUCCUCUGCAAGGAGCGGAUCAGGCAGAAAAAGAAGCUCAUGGGAGGGUCAAGCAAGAACAACUCUGCCGAGGUGGAGAUAAUCCGCUAUCAGGUGCUCAUACCGGUCACAGAGGUGCAGGUGCGAGCGAGCAGCCAGAAGGACGCCGACUCCCACUACCUCUGGGAGCUGGUGCAUCUCAAGUCGCAGAUACAGAGGCGUUCGGAGAAAGUUUACCAGCUCUCCAACAGCACGAGUGAGUUCCGGAACGCGUUCUUGCGCACGAUCCGCCAGAUCAUCCGCGAGUCCGUGCGCAACAUGACGGUACCGGCGACCAAGCCCGCCGUGCGUGAGAAGCCCGGCACCCUGCGUCGCCUGGGCGGCGGCAACGGCCACGACAGCGGGCCGUCCAGCGCCGCGGGCCCCUCCACCUCCUCCAUGUCCCGCACGCUGAGCGGCAAGAAGCGCAACAAGUCCGCCCAGCGGCACUCGGCGGGUGACGCCAUCGAGUCGUACGACAACGUGACGGACCCCCGGCUGCCGGGCCCCAGCUUCCGGGGCACGCGGAGCAAGACGGUGGCCGACUCCAUGAACGGCAUGAGCGCUUCCGCGAGGGACCUAGCCUCCGAGGAAGCCGGCGACUCCGAGCGUUCGGACAGGUCCGACCGGUCCGAGCGGUCCCUGGGCGCGCCCAAGGCGCUCAGCCUGAGCAGCGCCUCUUCUCUGUCGUCGUCGAGCGCGGCGGCUCGGCUGAUCCAGUCGAGCAACCCGCCGACGUCGUACCAGCCGGCCGCCGAGCAGGCCGGCUCGCCCGUCUGGAAGCCCCGGGCCUCUUCGGCGGACCGCGCUGGGCCCUCGGGCCUCAACCGACCCGACGUCAAGGAGCAGUUCUUCGUGUACGAAGACUACGGCGGCGGCGGCGCGGCCGUGUACCAGCAGCGAUCGCAGGCGCCGGCCCCCGCGCCGUCGUCGUCCUCUUCCAGACAGUCCGAGUGCUGACUGGCGCCAAAGUAUAGCGUUUCUCGUCGCCGGAGCGCGCGGCGGCCCGGGUCUUGAGGGACCCCCUGUACAUAGAGCGCUCGGCGGGCACUGGGAUUCUCGAGCAAGCGGCCUUUGGGCCAGGACUCUUUCACCUCUCUCACACUCUCACGCAACAAGCUCAACUUUUCACGUAGAUGCCAGGCAAAGUAACGGAGAGGACUCGAGGCGGCAUCGCGGCCGUCCCCUGGUUCCGUUAUCUUUCUCGUGUAUGCGCCACGGCGCGUUUCCUUUCCCAGAUCAGAGUACCUGACUUUUACAGCGGGGGAGGGAACGGUUUCGUACCUAACGGCGACGGCAAACCACGACACCGCUAGCGACAGCGACGCUUGGGCCGAUGACGCUCGCGAGGCAACGCUCUGGUGCUCGCGUUCGAUGGGGAACCCGCGGACAUCCUUCGCACGGUCGGCGUUUUCUUUGAGACGUUGUUUGCCUGGCUUUCGUUAUUUCGCUUGCGCUUCGAGCGCGCGUCAGCAUUCCUUGUUUUUUGUUUUUCAUCUCAUUUGGGUUUUUGUCGUUUUGCAGCUCCAAAAGACGUAGGUAUAUUUUCAGUCGUCGUUUGCUCCGAAUUCGGCAGCCAUAAUGCAUCUGAUGAAUCGGAGAUAAGAAAAAAAAAAUAACGACCUGUAGUCUAAAAAAAAAAGAUUUUUUGGAUAUGCAGAUUAUUUUCCCAAUUAGCUCCACUGCAUUCAGGGAACCGAAAUUGUAAUCGUUUACAUUGCUUUCUUAUGUUUCCUCAUCGUGUUUUCUCUUCAAUCGCUCACCUCAUUUCAGUUUUCCCAAUCUCUUCAGCUGCGUUUGUAGUUUUAUUCCGUAUCGAAGACAUCGCUAGUCGCCUUUAGGUUUCUUGCAUAAAAACGAAUGUAGCCAAGCCACCGACGGAAAAUCCUGUACUUUGUCGCGCGGCUCUCGUCGACAGGGCUGUUUUUCGAAGGUACAAGAGGGGACCAGACACCAAACUCUUUUAUCUCUUUCUCUCUCUUCUGCCUCGCACACUCCCUGGCUUUCGCAGUAAUCUUUGCUUGGUUCUCCGUCUGAAGGAUGUUCUUCUUCGCUCGCAGUCCCCUCCGCCAUUACGCUCCGGAGUUCCGAAUGACGCUGCUUCCUGCCUCAUACGACCUUUGCGUAAUGCUCCCCUCUUCCUCGAGGCUUGGAUGUCAUACCUUCGAUUGCGAUGAUAACGCUGGGGUAAAUAAGUGCGACUCCGUGUGAUUGUGGUUACCUGUAUCGGGAAUGUAUGGAGGACACUUUUUUUCGCUCGAGAAGUUUCGUGCGACCUUUACAAAGCGUUAUCGCAUUGGAAGAAUUCUUGCCGCCGUUCUGCCGGGAUUACGAUAGGACAAACGCAUUAGAAACUGUUAUGUUCGCUUACUGUUUUGCUGUGACGAAGCAAGUCGCCCUUUGAUGGAUGUCGGAGUGUGGCAUAUGGCAUAUCAGCUGAGCGACGCUUGUUUAGUACUAGCAUGGAAGAACAUAAUCGGCACGUAAAAGAAACUUUUAUCCACGAGGGAUCAUUUGUUCUUUUCCUGAACGAUCUAUCGUGCCAAACCUUAUGCUGAUUUAAAUCUGGCGUUUUCAUUUUCUUAUGCACACCCGAGUUGGUUUGUGAACGCCUGGUCGAAUGCCAUUUUUAAAUGGUGACUUAGAAAAAUAAUUGGUUCCUGGGAAUGAACCGUAUCCGCACAGCAGCCUACGACCCAAUGGCCGACGGCCUCAUGGAACGCUUUUCAUGGCUCUCCUAAAGCUGCUUUCAUGACCCGCGGAAACCCGACUAGGUGGAGAACCACCUGAGCGAUAGUAAGCAAUCAGGACUGUAACAAUUAGAUGUGACAUCUGACAACACGAUUAAAGUAUCCCGACAUUCCAGCGACUUCCAGAUAUAAGAGGCAAAAUAGUAAGCUGUACAACUUUCUGUCGAAGAACGUGAAAUCCCUUUCAAGAUUCUGCGCACGCAUCGAUUGGUGUGGACUGCCUUCUUUUAUGUUUAUCGUUUCUGAGAUUGGUUCGUCAAUCUUUUAAGUAUUCAAUCUUAAACACAAUUAUAUCAAGUUGCUUAUAUGAUAUAUGUGGUAAUCCCGUCUGUAUGCGCUUUCCGCUCACAAAAAUGUAGGAACUGUUCGUAGGGAGAAGGUGUUUGGCUUAUAUUUUGAUGGCCGCGUAGCCACGAACUUGCCUGCGUUUAAAUUGCUGGUUUCGUGGGAAACCGCGAGAGAUUUGCCUUGCGCUGGGCCUGUUCGAGGAAGAAAAGAGAGGCCAGCGCUUUGUUUUCUACGUCGUGAGAAAGUUUCCGUAUACUGAAUGCUUCGGAACACGAGUCGCGCUUCGCCUGUCCUUCUUUCCUCUCAUCGCCUCCGGCGCUCUGAACAUUGCUUGGUGAACUGAGCGACAUUUUUGUUAAAGAAGAACAAACCAAACACCGACUUUUGUAAGUUAGGAAAACAGUUGUGUCGCUGUCCGACCAUGCUCAAACAGUUAGUACGAACUGUGCUUUGAAAGAUAUCGUCAACACACAACAAAACGAGAACAACGCGCAAGAGGCGCUAGCGUAAAUACGAAAAUCAUAAUAACCGCAUAAUAAUUGUCUUCUAAUACUAUGUUGUAUAGCUACUGGGACGAAUUCCCUACUGUAUAUAUAUAAGUCGAAGGAGUAAAAGAAAAAAAGAACGAUGUGUUUUGAAUCGACUCGUCGGAGCAAGUGCGGGUCAUCGCGACAAGCUUCUUUCCUUUUGGGGUGGGGAUUUGGUGGUGACAUUGAAUUUGUAUAGCUGGUCUAGGACGUCUUGUUGCAAAUCGAUAUCUGAAUAAGCCUGGCUGUUUCGAAUGUUCUCGUGCAUCUGAUGUCAUGUUAUCUGUACACGUGUCGCAUGCAGCGUACCUUCUCAGGUUCUUACGUUGUGCGCGCGCUCCUCGUUUCUUGGUUUCGUGGCGGUUAGGUUUUAGAUAGCAAACGCAGUGCGACCUUACUUAAGUACUUCCUCCGAUUUUCUACGUGGUCCAUAGACAAUACAAGAUGUUGCGUUCGAAACGUUACUCCUAGGCGUACUAGCUUCGUAGUCUUGCAUUAAGACAACGUGUGGCGUCGUCGCAGCGUGCAAGGACAAGACACAGGAUAACGAGUGACUAGCGGAGAACUAGUUUUUACUCGACUUCUAGGAAAUAAGUAAUAACUAACUUGAACGCUCACGAAACCCCGUCUUGGAAGUAUUCAAGGUAGGAUAUACUAGACGGCAUUUAUUUGUCCCCGUGAGGAGGUCACACGAAACGUUGGCGCCCAAGCCACUUGGGACUUAUUGCACAGCAGAGGUAUUUUCAGAGUGCAGCAAUUUCCACAGUGGAGUGUCGUGGGGAGGCGUCGGCGGCAAUGUUCAACACGAAGAGCUUUUUGACGGGGGAAAAGAAAUCACGAAGGGGAAAACGUCGUUUGGUGCAGCUGUAGACCUUUGUAGAAGUGAAAUAUUUACUUUUUGUGUACUUACGCGGGGAAUGCAUGUUUUUUUUUCUUCUGCAUGUGCGUGAGUGUGUGCGCGUUUGGUUCGCGCAUCCAAAGAUUUUGAGAGUGCCGCCGGCGAGGUUAUAGACGAGUUUCAAGAACGAUACACACACAGACUGACUUUUCUCUUGAGCGAAGAUCAACCAUUAUACCCAAUAGGCUCAUUUUUAUCAAGAUUCUCAUACGUACUCGUUUGAUAACUUCGGCUAAUAACGCCUCUGUGUCGAUAUAGACAACAGUGUGAAACUUUUAUUUGUUUUGAUUUUUUUUUUGUGUCACGCACGAAGUUUUAGUUUUUUUUUAUGUGCUGCAGGGUCAUUGUGGACGUUUCUGUGUAAUAAUAGUUGAUAGGUUCACUGGUGAUGUAUCGGGUGCUACUGGUUUUACUGUUCUGCUGUUUUCUUGUAGCUUUAGCGGUUGCUGAAGUAGGCAAAAACGAGCUUUCUCGACUUUGACGAGCCUAUAACGCAUUUAUUGCUCCUUGAGAAGUUUCUUUCGUAGAAAUAUUUUCACUUUUUUUGCAGAAAUGCCUUCACUAUUGACACCGUAACAUGAACCUAAUGCGAACAUGACACAUGAAAUUGACCACUGUUCAUCGCAUGAGCUGUGGCCAAAACUGAGUGUAUUUAAAUAUAUAUAUAUUUACAUGUAUAUAUGUAUUUUAAAUGGUCCCUUGUACAGCUUAAUCUUUCGAUGUUCACACAAACAUUUAGUCUGGAUUUUCCCCCGUCGUUUUUAUUACUACAUAGACUUAUCUAAGAAAUGUUAACUUUUGAUUGAGAGAAAGGUUUCGCUCUAUUUCUAAUAAUUUAUUUGCUCUUUCUAAUGAGUGUUCGUGGAUAAGAGAAGUCACCAAAAAAUGUGUGCUCAACAUGGAGCAUACUGCACAAGCGUCAGUGGUGUAAGCAGUUCGUCUUGCUUGGUAGGGUGUGGCUCGCGCGCUUCACCGAGGCUUCUUCGACUUGAGUACGUGCUUGGCGUGCGCUCGAUUCCCCCCAUAGAAGGGAGGUGUGCCAAGGUUAUGGACUUUUCUACGCCGAAGAGCACAAUGCUGGUUCAUGACAACGCCCGGAGCAACAGGUUUGCGUCGAUGUUCUUGUUUCUCUUUGUGUGUACAUAUGAAAUAAAGCAACUGCUCGCCACAGAAGUGAGGGAUUUGACAGGGUUUGACAAGUCAGCCUGUAGGUAUCGCGGAGGACAGUCUGGCUAGGGCUGUUAAACGCGCCAUUGCCGUAUUAAACUAUCGUCCCUUCUCACUCGUAAUACCUUACAAGUUCUUAACGGGUUGUCACUCAAAUUUUAUUCGGCGUUUUGUUUUUACAUGAGAUUGUUCUCGAGCAGCUUUAACAGCACGCAGUUCUUACGUUUAUCGGUUGUAAGCUUAAACGACAGCCUUUGAGGAGAUCGGCAUCGUCUUUCGGUCACGUUUUAAACUCCAUUAACCUUUGUUUUCCUGAGCACAACGUCCUUAUAUUCCCUCGGAACACUUUUGCGGCGUAACACUGCACACAAAGCGAACCAACGAACAAAGGCAACGUAGUUACUUACGGUCAACAAACCGCUCACGUCCUGCUGACAAGUUGGGUUCCUUGCAUUACUCGAUCGUGUUUUGCUCCCCCAACGCGCCCGUGUUGCGUACAGUAAAAAAAAAAACUAAAUAAAUAAAUAACAAGUACGCGAGCCCUACGCAAUGCUGAUGGAAGCCUCUCGACAAGACAGACACGAAAUUGAUGCAAACACAGACCAAAAUUUGGACGCGAAAACUGCCGCAUUUGAUGGACUUGUUAGGGACUGCACGCCACGAUGUUAGCGUCUGUGGGUGUGGCGCAAGAUGGCGCCGUUUUUCGAGGUGGCGGUUUUCAGCAAAAGCAGAAAUCCUGCGUUUUAUCAUUUUUUUUAUAGGUGAUAAUGUGCAGCGACGCUCGCAUUCCUUGCUUUUUAUAGUCGACCCACAGAAACCGAUGUGCUGGUUCGGUGACGGGGGUCCCAAAGGCAGGAGCAGGACAGGUUUGACUGCAUGGCGAACUUAUAAGCAUUGAAAAAAAAAAAGUAUGAAUCUACUCUUACAGAUCUCUAGGGUGACUUCCUCUGACAAUGAGUGAAAUAAAAUGAAAUUAUUA